UAUACACACACCUCAAAUCUCUACACACUCUCCGUCAAUGUAGCCGGAAUGCAGCGAGGAGGAAUCACUCUUAACGGAUAGAAAAAACAUCCAGCAUCAAGGUGACCGACCGGGAGCCUGUCAGUCAGCUGCCCCGAAAACAAGCUCCACAUCCCGGCAGGUGACAGCAGACAGGACCGCUGCAAACGGACGCUUUUUGUCCACGGACAAGAUGGUAGUAGCAAACGUUUCUGAGGCUUAAAAACCUGAAAAAUCACCUUUUGGUGUAUUAUUAUCCGGAUGCAAGCAAAAAUGAAUCCUAAUUUUAACACUUUGUGGGCUAAAAAGGCUUCAUAUAUUUGAUUUUUUUUUCAAAGUGUUGCCGGAAAAAAACGCACACUUGCUCCAGAGCUCUCCACUGGUUUCUACUGAGAGCCGUGCAGUUUAAUAUUGCAGUCCAUAUAUCUCUUAUCAGAAAGCAUCAUCGUGAAGAUGGCGACUGGGUCGGGUUGGCAGCAGUAUUACUGCCCUGCCGGUCAGGGGAAAUUUAGUUCAUCCACGGGAACCAGCAUGUCGUUUCAGACUGGCAUCGCCAUGGAAUAUACCCAAGACCUGCACCUGAAGAUGAGCAAGAAAAUAGCACAGCUAACAAAGGUUAUCUAUGCACUGAACACGAAAAACGACGAGCACGAGGCGGCCAUCUCCACGCUGAAGGAGGCGCACGAAGAGGAGGUGCAGCAGAUCCUCUCCGAGACCAGAGAGAAGAUACUACAGUACAAGAGUAAGAUCAGCGAUGAGAUGGACCUGAAGAGGAGGAUCCAGUCUCUGGAGGAAUCCAUGGAGCUGCACGAGAGGAUGAAGAGGCAGGCCCUCGCCGAGUUCGAGAGCUACCGUCAGAGGGUGGAGGACAUGCAGAUCUGCACCGAGGCCCAGCACACGCAGCGGGUGGUGUCCAUGUCCCGGGAGGUGGAGGAGAUGCGGCGGUCCUUCGAGGAGAAGCUGCGGACGUUCGGCUCGGCGCAGACGCAGUUUGAGCAGGAGAAGAAGGCGGCUCUGGAGGAGCUGAAGGGCCAGCACCGGCAGGAGGUCCAGGAGCUCCUGCGCAGCCACCAGAGCCAGAACGCUGACUACAGCAAGGACCAGGAGAAACUGGUGCAGCUGCACAAAGCCGAGGUGGACUCCCUGACGGAGCGCGUGGAGGAGCUCAAACAGGACAAGAAGAGACUGGUGGAGGAGUACGAGGCCAAACUCAGCAAGUCUCAGGCGUUUUACGAGCGCGAGCUGGAGGCCAUGAAGAGGACUCAGCAGCUGACGGCCGACAACCUGUUGGCAUGGAAACGCACCGAGAGCGAGCUGCGGCGGGAGUUUCAGACUCAGGAGGCGGCGCUGCAGAAAACGCUCGGGAAGCUGAGGGUGGAGCUGGCCCGCGUCACGGAUGAAGCGCGGGAAAACCGGGAGAAAUCCCACAAACUGCAAUCGUCCCUGCACAACGCCGAGAGCAACGUCAAGGACCUCACCAAGCAGCUGGACGAGGUGACCCAGAACUCAGAGAUUGUGGAGAUCCGUCAGAAAGAAGCCGAGUGUGAACUAGAAGCAGCGAGAGACCGAGUUCAGCAGCAGGCGACUGAAAUACUGCUCAAAGCCAGUCAGAUCAGCAGCCUGCAGGCCACUCAGAUGACGCAGGAAGCCGCCAUCAGAGACUUGGACAACGAGCGCAGCCGCCUGAAGGACAAGGUGCUGAGGAUGGAUGAGGAGAGGGAGACGCUGCAGAGCCAGAGCCAGGCGCUGGACGACAGGCAGAGGCAACAGCUGCUGUCCCUGGAAAGGUGGACCCUGCGUGAGGAGAAGUCGUCCCACGAGAAGGACAUGAAGGACAUCCAGGCUCGAUCCGAAGAGGAGACCAACCUGAUGAAGGACAGCCAGGCCAGGGCUCUGGAGGAGGUCGCCAAGAAACACCGAGUCACCCUGGAGAACGCUCUGAACAACGCCGAGAAGGAGAAGAACCGCAUGCUGGCCGAGCUGGAUCAGCAGUUUGAGAAGGAGCGCCUCUGUCUGGAGGAGCAGAAGACGACGCUCCGCCAGCAGCUGGACGAGCUGAGGGAGGAGCUCACCUCCAAACUCAACGCCGCCAACGACGAGGUGGUCCGGCUGCAGCAGGAGGUGCAGCAGGGGGAGCAGGACAUGGGCUCAGCCGAGGGAAUCAUCUGCACCCUGAAGGAGGCGCAAGACAAACUGCUGGAGGAGCUGGACGCCACCAGAGCCCGACUGAGGGAGACCAGCAACCUGCUGACAGCCCUGCAGGGUGAGCUAGAGAUCCAAAAGCGUCAUCAUGAAGCCAAAAUCAUCACCACCAAAGAAGAAGAAAAACUUAAAAUGGACAAGAUGGCUCUGGAGCUGGAGCUGAAAUGGACCGAAACACUCAGGCAGGAGUGUAAGAAGCUGCGUGAGGAGCUGAGAGAGGACCAUGAGGAGGACAAGGCGUUGGCGCUGAGUCAGCUGGCUCAGAGCAAAGAGCAGGAGCUGAGCAGCGCCAGGGAGAGCUGGCAGAGGAAGGUGGAGGAUCUGCUGGAGCAGAUCUCCCUGCUGAAGCAGAGUCUGGAGAUGCAGCUGUCUCAGUCGCAGUCGUCUCUGCAGCAGCUGCAGCAGCAGUUCAGUCAGGAGAGAGAGCACCUGAGGCUGCAGCUGGACGAGCUGCAGACGGAGCACCAGAGGAGGCAGCAGCGCCUGCAGGAGCUGCACCUCAGCUCCAUGCAGGACAUGGAGCACGCCCGCAAGAGGGACCUGAAGGAUUUGGAGGAGCGUCUCCGCCACCACCACCACGCGGAGCUGCAGUCUCUGAGAGACGCUCACCGUCAGAGCAUCGAGACGCUCAAACAGCAGUCAGAGCAGGAGCUGCAGACACUGCGCUUUGAACUGGAGGACGAGGGCAAAGCCAUGCUGGCCUCUCUGCGGUCAGAGCUGAACCACAUCCACGCGUCGGCCAUCGAACACCUGAGACAGACGCACCAACAGGAAGCAGCCGUCGCCAAGCUGUCGCUGGAGAAAACUCUGGAGAACAACCGGACACAGGAGCGAGAGCUGCUGGGCCGGAUCACGGAGCUGCAGGAGGAAGUGUCCCGGAGGAAGAGUCACGUUGCCCAGCUGGACCACCAGAUCCACACCCUGAACGAGAACAUCAGCACCCUGACCAAAGAGCUGGAGCUCAAAGGGAAGGAGGUGCUGAAGAUCCGCAGCGAGGCCAACCAGCAGAUCAGGGCUCACGAACAAGAGCUGACGAAGAGGCACGAGAGGGAGCUCGCCGAGAUGAGCGCCGUCCACAGCAGAGAGACGCAGAACAUGCUGUCAGACUUCAACAAGGCCCAGGAGGUGCUCAAAGACAAGAUCUCCGCCCUGCAGAUACUGCUGGAGGGAACGGAGGAUAAGUUCAGGAACAGAGAGAGUCGUCAUGAAGAUCUGCAAGUCAUCGCUGAGCUGAAGGACAUGGUGUCAGAGAGGGAAUCCCUCGUCAAGAAACUGGUGGACGAUAAGAAGUACUACCAGCUGGAACUCGUCAACAGGGAGACAAACUUCAACAAAGUGUUCAACGCCAGUCCCAACGUAGGAGUGAUCAACCCGCUCAUUAAGCAAAAGAAAAAGAAUGAAAAGGCGGCAGGCAGCAGAUUCAGCAGCUCUCCUAGUGUCAGGGCUCUGGAGGCGGCGGGUUCAGGAAGUGGGCCGCAGCCCCCUCAUCCUCCGCCUCCCCCCCCAGCCCAGCCCGGCCGCCUAGAGCCCCUCCCCAACUCCCCCCUCCACCACCUUGAACUCAACUCCAACAAACCUCUUCCCCCGCCGACCCCUCCCACCGAACCCAAGAAAUUCAUGAGCCCUCCUGAAACGAAGGACUCAGCCAUCGAGUCCCCGGACGCCCAGCGCCAGGAGUGGUUCGCUCAGUACUUCUCCUUCUGAUCGACCACCAACCCGCAACACACAAGGAUUCAGCAUGUCAACCAAACUUUGAGAAAAAUGUACAGGUCAACCAAACUUUGAGAAAAAUGUACAGAAAAACAAGCGAAGAAGAAGAAGAAGAAGAAGAAGAA